UAAUUCUUUUCUUCACGUUCUAUACUUCUAAUCCUCUUUUUGUUUCCAAUACAAAAAUAAUUUGGGAAACGGUAGAAAUAAUAAUAAUAAUAAUAGUAAUACAAUUUUAAGGUAAAGCAAUCCGCCGCCGGCGUCUCCGUUGCUCGCUUUCACAUGGAUUCGCCCACCUCCUGGGAUUCCUUGCGAAAGCAGGCAAGGAAGGUUGAAGCACAACUCGAUGAGCAGAUGCACUUAUAUCGUAAAUUAGUCAGCACAAAAGUUGACAGUGCUGAUGAUAAUGAUCUUGAAAAGGGGAUAGAUAAGCUACUUAAAGAGUUGCAACAAGUCAAUUCUCGAAUGCACGCUUGGAUCUCAUCUGGAGGAGCUGAAAUCUUUUCCCAUACGUUAACUCGCCACCAAGAAAUACUUCAGGAUCUUACUCAGGAAUUUAAUCGCCUCCGUUCCAGCUAUAGAGCCAAGAAAGAGCAUGCUUCAUUACUUGAUGAUUUUAGGGAAUUUGAUCGGACAAGAUUGGAUCUGGAAGAUGGUGGUGACUCUUAUGAGCACGCACUCCUUAAUGAGCAUGCUUCCAUCCAUAGGAGUACAGGACAGAUGGAUGGUGUGAUUUCUCAAGCUCAAGAAACCUUUAAGACUCUUGCGUUUCAGCGAUCGACAUUUGGUGGCAUUAAUUCAAAGCUCAGCAAUGUUAGCAGUCGGCUUCCGACGGUUAAUCAAAUUCUUUCAUCAAUAAAGAAAAGGAAAUCCAUGGACACUAUCAUUCUUUCAGUAGUUGCAUCAGUUUGCGUGUUUCUCAUCUUGAUUUACUGGUUGACGAAAUGAAUCGCCGCUAGUUUCCCUUGGACAGCAUUCCCGGCCACCGUCUUUGGUUCAGUUGUAUGGUUUGUAUAUUACCGAGUAACAAACUAUUGAAUUCUUUUUUCAAUUUUUAUUUCUUUCCCUUAUUUUGUCAUUGUAUUUGGAACGUGGAGGCCGGAGGGUGGUAUCUGAAAUUGUAUUUACUCCCAAGUUUCAAGGAUCAACGUUUUUCUGAGGUCGAUUAGAUCUGCUUCGGGGGUGGUUAUAGUAGAAAGAAGUGGGAAUUUGUAGUGAUUUUUGGGACAAGGAUGCACAUAUCCAGUAGCAGUAUAGUCUAUUAUAGUCACAGUACUAUGUGUUCAAACAUUAUGGUGUCCAAUGCCAUAAUACCUUUAUUCUAAUACCAUAUCACUUUUCAUCUUUCA